UCAGAGCACCAUUCAGGCUUUCCAAGUUCACCGAGACUGCAUUUAUCUGAUAUUCAUCAUAACAUUGACAGAAUGGAGUUGAAUGAGACAACUGUACUUGACAUGGUGACAACAACAAUGAUGAGCCCAAUUCCCCCGAGGAGACAUGUCACUCUUAUCUCUCAAGUUGUUCUCACGCUCGUUUAUAUGUGUGGAGUCAUUGGAAAUAUUUCUGCGUUGGUGAUUCUAUUCCAUAAAGACAAGAGGCGGAAUCGAAAACACCUGUUCAUGCUUCGAUGUUUGGCUACCAACGAUUUGGUUGCUCUAUUGGGUAUGCUUGUACAGAUGUAUGUUACCAUUUAUACUCUGGAUACAGUGACGUCCUCGAGAUCUUUUUGUUCAUUACGGAUAGCAUGGAGACUGUUUGGUCUAUUCAGUGGAUGCGUGGCAAUCGUCAUGGCGGUUGAGAGAUGGCUAGCUUUGACAAGGCCCUUCAUAUAUCAAAAGCGGAUCACGUUCCCAGUGAUAGUACGAUGUAUGCUAUUACUAUGGAUCGGAGCUCUGACUCUAACAACUCUACCUCUAUUCGGAUUUGGCAUAUAUUAUAAGGAUGCCAAGUGUAUGAGAUACCGGGAGGCAGCAGAAUUUCGGGAUGUGGCCUAUGCCUACGUUUGGUUUUCCUUCGGUACGUUCCUCUGCAUCUCAAUUGUCUGGUGCAACUUAGCAGUCUCCCUAGCACUCCGCAGACUCGGAAAUCGAGUGGGAGUACUGAGGAGAACCUUAAAGGCAUCCACUCGCAUUAAACCAUUGUUAGCAGCAGAAAAUAUUCCAUCCACCGAAAUUGGUUUGACUCCCGAGGAACGUGCAUUCGCAAAACUCAUGGCAGUACUGUCAAUAUCCUUCGUUAUUUGCUGGAUGCCUCAAAUGAUAGGAAUUCCAUUGGCACAGUUAUCUCUCAAGUUACCGCAGUCCGCUGUUCUCGCGAGGAAGUUGAUUAGAAUUUUUCACAUCGUAGCAGAUAUUCUGCUCUGCACUCAUUUUACGCUGGACCCUUAUAUCUACGUAUUGCUGCGAAUGCCCAGACCCAGAUUCCGAUUAAUGAAACCACUCUGCAAAUUAUGCUGGCCUCCAAGAAGUCGUGGGAGUUCUUUCACUUGCACAACCGAGCACAUGACAAGCACGGACGCUGAUCCUCCCACUCCUAUUACUGAAAUACCAUCCACACCGGGUGGUGAUUUCCAGAAUCAUCAAAAUUUAAUUGACAUAACAUUAUGAAACUGCCUACGGUGACAGAUCUUUGGAACACGGCAAAAAUUCCACUGCGUAGAAAUAACACGAGUGUAUAACAGAGCAAAUGAAUUGACGUCUUCUCAAAGAUCUAUCGCACCAAUGAUACGCUGAAGUGAGUGAUAGACGAGUGAGUUUCGACAUGAUCGAUAUGAAGCUGUGUAUUUCACUCAUUUUUGACUUAAAUUAUUAUGAAUGAAUACUUUUCAUUCAACCUAUUUCUUAUUUUAUCUGAUAAUCACCGAGUGAGGGCCGCUCAAACAACUGAAUUGUUCAUAACUUUCGUUUGCAAAUGGAAAAUCCCAACAAAGCCGAUUUUCUCAAUAUAAAAAUUGGAAGAAAAACCUUGAAGUUCUUCCGCCCUUGUAGUGCACACGGGAAAGGGGUAUUGUGCAUGGACUAUUAAAAAUAGGAGAGGGUAGGGCAAAAUGAACUGCUGACAAAAAAUUGAAAUUUUUCUUUUUUUUUCU